UCUCCCGCCCUGAGAAGAGAAGAGAAGAGAAGAGAAGUUGUUGAAUUGAAUCUAAUAAUCUAUCUUCAACAGCGGAAAAAUAGUGAAACAGAAAAUCCCUUAUCAUCGAUAGAGAUAUAGAUAUAGAGAUAGAGAUAGUGUGUUACAAGAAACAACCUACACUACAACAACGUUAAAUCUUCAUGCCAACGAUUUCCCUUUCACUCUCACUCUCUGCAAAUGGACGACCAAACUCCCGAGAGGAACAACACUCCUCUUUCCACCGAGGGCUCACCUGUUUUCAACUUCAUCAACAGUCUAUCUCCUCUAAAGCCUGUAAAGCCUGCAUAUGCCACACAGACAUUCAGCUCGCUUAGCUUUCCAUCCCCUCCAUCAGUUUUCACAUCCCCCCAUGCCAGCUGUCACAAGGAAUCCAGAUUCCUCAGGAGGCAUAACCUUUUGGACACAUCAACACCUAAAGUUUUGUCUGAAGAUGUCAAUAAAAUAUAUUCAUGUGAAGAGGCUCCUAAACAUUCUACUCAUGCAUGUCAUGACUCAAAUGAGCAACAGGAAAACACUGAUCAACGAAUUUCCGUAGGAGAUUCCUCAAUUGAGCCAUCUAGUGAAUACACAAGGUUCUCAUCCGAGCUUCCUGGAGCCUUAAAAUAUAAUUCUGGUGGCCAUGGAUAUAGUCCUCUACUCUGCGAUAACAUGGCUAACACUUGUUUCGAAUUGCCUGGCAAGCCAGCAACAUAUGCUGCCUGUGUUCAGGAAGGCCCUAAAAGAGAUUCAGCUGUGGGUAACAUGCAUCUUCAGAGAGUAUGCCAUAUCGGGGGAAGGGAAAAUUUAAUUACUGAUGCUUCCAAUCGGUUAAUUUUAGGCUCUCCAAAUGUGACAGAAGCUUUUAGGGGCCUCAUGAAUCAACAAUUGGAUCCUUCAAUAGACCUUAGCAAUUAUUUUACUUAUAAAUAUGGUAGAAUGCAACCUGUUAAUCUAGCUGCUUCGGGUUCAGAACAUGGAAUUCAGUAUCAUCCAAAUGGACCAAUUACAGGUCAGACACAGAAUAAUCUUCCCAGUGUUGCUUUGAUGACUAGCAAUCCAAGUGAGAAAAUGAAUGAUGAGCUUCUUCAAGCGACCUACCGUGGUAUGAGGCGUAGUCUAGACUAUGAGAUGGCCAGUGUGCAAAGGAAGAACUCUGGUGGUAGUUCACACAUUAGUUCCAGUACAGCAAAGUCUGAUGAGAGGGGUAUUGGUAAUGAAAAUCCGCUGCUUCCUACAAAACACACUUGUGAUUCACACUUGAAUCCACUUGCAACUUUAAAAGAUUACAAAAGUUCAAAAGGUGAACCGAUGUCUUCUCAAAUGCAACCUAAUUUGCCCAGCUCCACUUCUUCCAUGCUUCUCUCUUCAAGACAAGAGGGUCCUCAAUCGAUGGAAAAUGAUUUGGAGCCAUCUGAGGGUGAAGUGCAGCCUGCUGAAGAUUAUACCCAGUCACCAGGUUACAUGGCUGAUGAAGAUUUCCAUCCGAAUGUCCCCAAAAAGAAAAGGCGCAAGUUGGAACUUUCUGGUGGAGGGGAGUCGUCUUGCAAGCGGUGUAAUUGUAAGAAAUCAAAGUGUUUGAAGCUUUAUUGUGAGUGUUUUGCUUCUGGAGUAUACUGCACAGAACCUUGCAUGUGCAGGAACUGCCUCAACCAACCUAUUCAUGCAGAAACUGUUCUUCAAGCUCGCAAGCAGAUUGAGUCUCGCAAUCCACUUGCGUUUGCUCCUAAAGUCAUAAGAAGUUCUGUUUCCACACCUGAAACCAGGGAUGAUCCUAACAAAACUCCAGCUUCAGCACGACAUAAAAGAGGAUGUAAUUGCAAGAAAUCAAGCUGCCUAAAAAAAUACUGUGAAUGCUAUCAGGGUGGUGUUGGUUGCUCUAUAAGCUGUAGAUGUGAAGCGUGCAAAAAUGCCUAUGGUAGAAAAGAUGGUUCUGGUCCUUCUGAAAUAGAAGCUGAGCCUGAAGAAGAAACAAAAGCGCGUGAAAAGAGUGAGGUAGGAAAAGCCUCCCAGAAAACCAAUAUUCAGAAUACUGAAGACCAGUCGGAGUGUGCUCUUCCCACAACACCAUCCAGGCGGUUACUUCCUUUACCCUUUUCAUCGGAUAGAAACCCAUCAAGAUCUUUUAUUGCUACAAUCUCUGCUUCUGGAUUGAUUGCCAGCCAGAAACUUGGGGAAUCAAAUGCUCUGCAGUCUCAAGUUACGUUGGAAAAGCCUUUUCAAACUGUUCCAGAUGAUGAUGACUCUUCAGGCCAUUGCAUCAAAAUUUCUUCUCCUAAGGGCAAGAGGAUCUCAUCUCCUAGAUGUGAAAAUGGAUCUCCUCAUACUCGGAGAGGUGGCAGGAAGUUAAUAUUACAAUCCAUCCCUUCAUUUCCUUCUCUCGCCCCUCCCCAUUAGAAUGAAAACCUUUUUUCAGUAGAAUGAAGACCUUUCUCGUUGGAUUGGAUGUGAAUGUGCUUUUUUGCAAUCCAACAACUUUGGUCGGUUAGAAAAAAUUCUUGGAAAGCCAAAUAUGUCAGUUGAAUGUUGAAUGUUGUUUCAACUCGAAACCAAACACACUCAGCUGACUCACCUUUCUCCCACCCUCCCUUUAAACAUGUUUUUCAUUAACUGCAAGCAAUGCUUAGGUGCAUGCAUGUAUAGGAUUGAGUUUUUCUUUUUACAUUCUUAAUAAUGUGUUGCAUUGAUUCCAUUUCAGUUUUAUGAUAUUUUGAUUAAUGGUUUUCAUCA